AUGUCAAGCUUUGCUCUCUUCAUCACUUCGCUGUUACUUGUGAAUUUAUGUCUACUCAUUGCGACGUUACUUUCCAAGAAUGGUAUUGUGACCAGUUACACCUCUCGUAAAAUAGUUCACAUUUCACUUGGGACAUGUCAAUUGCUUUUAUGGGGGUAUUACCCCGAUGAACCAAGUGCACGUGUCUGGGGAUCGAUGUGUUGUUUAUUGUAUCUCUUUGUGUUCUUAGUCUUUGGUCUUGGCUUGGUCCAAGGCAAGAUGGCAGACUUUUUAAUAGCAACGGUGUGCAGACAUGGGGAUUGUCAUGAGAUGUUAUAUGGCCCUUUGAACUAUUGCAUAACAAUGACUUUCCUUUCCCUAGUCUUUUGGAAAAACAAUCCAGCUUCUGUAAUAGGUUGCAGUUUGAUGCUGUGGGGAGACGGAUUGGCUGAAGUGAUUGGCAAAAAGUUUGGCAAGACAGAAAUCAAGAAUUGUUGGGGCAAGACUAAAACACUUGAAGGAGCUAUUGCCGUCUGGAUAUUUGGAGCUCUUGGAGCAAUGGGGAUGUGCUAUGUUAUAUUUGGGAAUGCGUAUGUCGUGAUGUCGAUCAUAUUAGGAGCUGUUGGUGCUAUUGUGGAAUUCAUUUCGUACCCCAAUUAUGACAAUGUCUUCAUUCCUCUUUCUGCAGUGGUGUUCGGAUACUUGUUCUAA